GAUGACCAGUCGAGUGACACGUCUCGCCAUGUUGUUUUGAUUGUUUAUUUGUUGUUGUGUGUCAAGUUGUGUUGUCCGUUUAAACUUUAUUGACAUUUCGAGAGAAACCAUGCUUAGAAGAAACGGAAAUAUGCCGAAAGUGGUUGGCGGUGUGGUGGCAUUUUUUCUUGUUGUUUAUCUCGUUUAUUCAUUGCAUGACUUAUCGGGACAGUUGAAAAACACAGAACGCACUGCAGAAAGAUACCGCAGAGAACAAGAGUCGUUGUCGGCUCAGCUUCAAGAACUGACCAAUCAAAAGCAGCAUUUAAUGUCAACGUGUGAUCAUGAUAAGGAACAGCUGAAAAAAGGCUUGACAGCUCUCCAAUCCCAACAGAAAAUGCUCAGUAGCCAGCAUGAGGACCUGCAGCAGGAGUAUUCCAAGCUGAAGAAUGACAACGAGAAGGCACAGGAGAUGCACAAGAAAGAGGAGGAGGGCAAGGAGUCAGAGUACAGGAUGUACAAGCAAACCAAGGAACUGGAAAUAUCCAGUUUGAAAGACAACGUAUCCAACCUAAACCGUGACAAGUCUGAGCUCACACAGCAAGUAGACAACUUAAAAACCCAGCUCCAGAAUGCACUGAGCUCCAUUAAGCAGAACAAACAGACGGUCUCUACCCUUCAGCAGGAGGCAAAACAGUACCAGUUGCGAAUUCAACAAGAUGCUGCGACUAUUGACAGAAACCAACAACUUCUUCAAUACGCCAAGGACUUGUUACAACAAGCACAAGAACGGCAAAAACAGAUUGAGCAGCAGCAAUUCUUGCUACAACAGCAGCAACAACUUGCACAGAAGGGGGGUCAGCUGGGUCAGAAACAAGGUUUAGGGUUACGAAAUACUGUACUUCACCCAGGAGGUUUGGCUCCAAAUAAUCCACAAGGGUUUGAUGGGUUAGGAAACCAGAAUUGGAACCUCCCAAACCAACCAAUUGUGGAAGGGGUCAAUAUGAACCAAGGUCAAGGUGUGGUAAAUCAAGGGGCCAAUCUUAACCAAGGUCAAGUGAAUCAAGGGGCCCAGAUGUUUAAAGAUGGCUUGCAUCAAGCCAUGCAACAGACUCAAGAUGAACUAGGGAAGAAUAAUGAUUUGAAAGAGGCGCCCGGUCUGCAGUCCAUACUAGACAGCCUGAGGACAAAGGCCCGCCCCGUGGACCACGGACUGCUGGAGCAACAACAACAACAGCACCAGAUGGUGCCCCCAAACAAGAUGGCCGACAAGGAGGACAACUACAUUAGUAGGGACAAGCUUGGCAGUCAGGGGAAACCUGGGCCCCAAGGGGACAAGCACAAGGUAGACUACCCCGAGCAGCAUCAGAUCAAUAAACCCAACCUUCACCCCCAGGAUUCAGUGGUGGAAGAUAACCAUGGCAACCAGGGUCGUGACCCUGAAAAUGGGGCUGUUGAACAUGACAACCGUAUAGAGAACCAGGGGCCUGUAAACCUACAGGUUCAGGAGCCCCGGUUACCUCGGGCUGAUGAUGGACAGGGCCCAGGCAAGGAUGAAGCUCUGAGAUUCCACCGGCCCGAGCAUGGGCAGGUAGACAACCAGAUGCCCCCACAGGCCGGUCUAGAUGACUCCCACAGACAGGAACAGAUGCAGAUACCUGCGAGAAACAAUCUACAGGAUCCCAAUUUGGAGCCACACAAUCCAAAUGAAAUGGGAGAAAUGGGAGAAGAAGAUGGCGAUAACCUAAAAUCUACUUUGAAGCGUAACCAUGACAAAGACCAAACAGUUAGCACCAUGAAACCAAACAACAAUGAGGCGAAGUCAGCUAACUUAAAACAAGCUUACAAACCAAUCUACACCAGUUUAACUGACAAAACAAAGAAACCUAAACUUAUGCAAUCUCUCCGCCGUGUCUGAAGUGGGCAACGGACAUCGUUACAGCUGUGAUAACUGAGUACAUUCCAUGUGGGAUGUUUCUUGUGAUGAAAGAGGCAUUUACUUAGAAUUAUGUUAAGGCACAGGGGCAUAGACCCAAAGUUGACAAUGAUUUAGAUUUAUUUCUUAAUUUAAUGUGUCCUUUAUCAAUUUCUACAUUAUUUAAGAGCUAAACAAGCACAAACGGAUAAUAAUUGGAAAUUUGGGUACAGGGGUGUUCAUGAAAUUUCAAGCACAGGGCUAAUCUUUUUUGGAAAUUUAGGCACAGGGAUGCCACUGUGCUUAAAGACCCUGGGGAAAAGCCUGAUAAUAAGCCUUGCAGUUACAGAUGGUAUGAAAGGACAUAUAAUUAUAUGUGACCCACAUCAUGCGAAAAUGGGUCUUAUGCCCUAUGCGGCCAGGGCAACUGCAGCCCAGCCUGCGCACCUGUGCAAUCUGGUCAGGAGUUAUGCUGUCUGCUAUAUAGUCACAAAAGGUUUUGCAGUCUUAUUAAGGGACAACAAUGCACAGGCUGGUCUUUAGCUACCUAAACUGCAUAUGACAUAUUAAGAUCCAUUUUCGCAUUACACAGGUUAAUUCUGUGUCUGUGUAAAUACUUUAUUGUUCUUGAUAGUCAUUUAUUGCACAUUUGGUGAGACAUUUUUGGUUAAUAAUGAGGUUGUGGAAAGAAAACUUACAAUUGGUCACACACUGAGCUUUCGUGACCAAGAACAGUUAACAGAUAAGUUCUAGAUUAAACAUAAAUUUUGAAUGGUAAAAAUAAAAUGUUUGUUCAAGCAAUAAAUUUUGUGCUAAAAAACAAAUCUUAAUAAUAUGUCAGUAUUUCAGACGACCUCUGAGAUAAGUUGUGUAAUGCAUGUAAGUAAAGUGUUGGAAUACACAGGCUUAUCUGGGAACACGUAUUGCACAUGCAUUAUAACUAAAUAUCACUGAGUACAAAAUGUAACUCUUGUUCACUUAAUUCUUUUCAUCCUCACAAUGUUUCAGAUUUAAUAUUAUGAAGUGUUAAAUAUUGAUGAAAGUUAUGUACAUUUUGUUAUUUUGUAGUUUAUAUAUACCACUCUACUGUUACUGUUUUGCAUCAAUAUGAUUGUUUUGAGGUUAUUGUGUUCAUGCAUUUCAAACUUGUAGUGUUUUGGGUAAAAUCCGCAACAAUUAUAAAGGUAGGGUGUAGCCUUCUAUCAUAUUGCUGAAGAUUUUUUUAAUUGUUCCUAAACUAUAAAUAUCUUAAGAAAGAAUGUUUGCUUUGACAAUUGUUAACCAGGUUUUCCGAAGGAAAAAACUGGUUAUUAGAUUGGCGAAUGCGGGCGGGCUGGCUGGCGGGCUGGCGGAAUAAGCUUGUCCGGGCCAUAACUAUGUCGUUCAUUGUCAGAUUUUAAAAUCAUUUGGCACAUUUGUUCACCAUCAUUGGACGGUGUGUCGCGCGAAAUAAUUACGUCGAUAUCUCCAAGGUCAAGGUCACACUUUGAGUUCAAAGGUCAAAAAUGGCCAUAAAUGAGCUUGUCCGAGCCAUAACUAUGUCGUUCAUCGUCAGAUUUUAAAAUCAUUUGGCACAUUUGUUCACCAUCAUUGGACGGUGUGUCGCGCGAAAUAAUUACGUCGAUAUCUCCAAGGUCAAGGUCACACUUUGAGUUCAAAGGUCAAAAAUGGCCAUAAAUGAGCUUGUCCUGGCCAUAACUAUGUCAUUCAUUGUGAGAUUUUAAAAUCAUUUGGCACAUUUGUUCACCAUCAUGGGACGGUGUGUCCCACGAAAGAAUCACGUCAAUAUCUCCAAUGUCAAGGUCGCCACGACUAAAAAUAGAUUUAAAAAAAAAAAAAAAACUUACAAAGGGGGUUAAUUUUUUUUGGUCAUUUCAAAAGUUCAGUUUGAGUUUUCUCCCUUUAUCAGAUUUUUUUUUCACAAUGAAAACCUGGUUUUGUGACAAUUUUGUCCCUUGUUUUGUUUUUGUAUUGGAAACGUAUAUUGUUAAAAUUAAAGAGUAAUGACUUUUGGGAACAAUUCUUGUGGCAUUACAUCCACAUACAUUUGAAUCAGUCAAAGCGUACUUUACAAUCUUAUUGGAAACCAUUCUUGGAAAAUGUAAACUGUCACUUUACCAUUGAUUUAUAUAAACUUAAGAUACAUUAUCUUAAAAUCUGCUCUUCGUCAUCAUUUGUACAUAUCCAUUUCACUGUGUUUAUUGAGAAAAGACUUGUGUAUUGUGUAAGACAAAUGAAUAAUUCAUUGUUGUGGUCAUUUUGUAUCAUUUGUUAAUAAUUAUGAUCAUGUCCAUAUCGGAUAUCCAUGGGAUACUUUAAAGGUAAAUGUAUGCAUUUGGUAAUGUAUUUGAGCCGCGCUUUGUGAAAAGGGGGUUUAAUGCAUGUGCGUUAAGUGUCGUCCAAGAUUAGCUUGUGCAGUCCACACAGGCUAAUCAGGGACGACACUUUCCCCCUUAACUGGAUUUUUGCUAGGAAGAAACUGUCUGUAAAGGAAAAAUAUCAUAAAAGCAGAGAGUAUCAUCCCUGAUUAGCCUGUGCGGACUGCAGAGGCUAGGAUAAUCUGGGAUGGCACUUUAAGCACAUUCAUUAAACCCCCUUUUCACAGAGCAUGGCCUAUUUGUAUGCAUUAUAUGUGAAAACAGAAGCUAAUUAAUAUAUACGUAGAGCAUUUAAUAAAUGACACACAUUUUGUGUAAUGAAUUUUUUGUCAAACAGCAAAAUGGAUUGGGGACAGGUAAAUGUUAUAAAAACUGUAAAGUUAUUCUUGUUGAUUUAGUCUAAUGGGUUAUGUUGAUUUGUCUCUUUUAUCAUAAUUAACCGAUCAUUUCAUCAUGGUAGAAUGAAACAUUUGUGUGAAAAAAUACCAUCCCACUUAAAUUUUGUGGAAUCGGGGACCUUACAUCUGCGUCAUCCCCCCCCCCCCCCCAGUGAACUGGACAUAAGUAGCCUACAUUGCCAUAAGAAUAAGUGAAUUUGGUGUAAAAUUUAAUUUUGUGAAAUAGGCCAUAUCUUGACUUUAAUAUGAUGUUUAAAGGUGAAACUUCAUAGGUAUGAAGCUUGCAUGACAAAGUUGCAUGCAGGGGUAUUUCAUUUUAAAUGGCAAUUCUCUUUGUUAAAAUGGAUAACUGGCAUAUCAAAGUGUUAAAUUUACUGUCAACAAUGAUAUCAGCAUUCAUUUUCAUUGAUUAGAUAAAUGGGCCUAAUAUAGUAAGGUUCUAGGUCUUUACAUUGCAAGUUUGUAGUUCUGGUUUCUUGUAUAUAAUAUUUAUUGAAUUAGUUGGUCUCUCAUAUUUAUGUUUCAACGUUGCAUUUGGAAGUGGGCGUAUUUGAAAUUAUGUAUUAUUGAUCGAUUUUUCAGGAUUUAUGUGUAUAUAUCGGUAAAUGUUGAUUUUAUUGCGUUUGUUAAUUACUUUGCAUAAGUGAUAAAAUAUUUUAAAUAUG